CCGACCCGGCCAUUAUCUACGAGCUCCAACUGAAACAGAACGCAGAACUCUCUCUUUGAAAUUUCAAUUUGAUUCAUCAAUCAAAGCGAGCUCCCUUUCAAACAUAACAGCUUCUAAAAUGUGAGUUUCUCUUUUUCUUCUCCUAGUUUCAUUGAAUUCAUCUAUAUAUUUUCCAUUUCCAUGGCCAGUCAUCUGCUCUUUAGCUCUUCAUUCCUCCCCAAAGCCCAAAAACCCUACAAAUUUCUGCUAAAACCACGCGAUUACCCUUCCAUUUCUUGCCAAAAACAAGACCCAAGUCUUGAAAAUCAUAGUGAAACUAGUAAAACGCAUAAAGCUAAUAAAACCAAUUUCAGUUUUCUCACUGCACCCAUAACUCUCACCAUAAUCUCCGCCUCUCUCUCGCCACAAACCGUCCUUGCCGCAGCAGCGAAGACAGGCCAUAAAAAGAAAACCCAGAAAAAAACACCACAAGAAUCUUUAACCCUGGACCAGCUUAAACAAUGGUCUAAAGAUCUCCCAAUUGUAUCAAAUCGAAUCCCAUAUACUGAAAUAUUGAGUUUCAAAGAAAGCAACAAGCUUAAACAUGUAAUUAAAGCGCCCAAAGCACGUUUUAAAGAACGGGCAGAGGCUGUUUUAGUGGUUUUGGAUGAUAAUAAAGUUUUUAGGACUGUUUUGCCUUCAGUAGAGAGUAAUAAGAGGUUUUGGGAUUCAUGGGAUGAGUUAAAGAUUGAUACAAUGUGUGUUAAUGCAUAUAGCCCUCCGGUCAAGAAACCUGAGCUGCCUAAGCCAUAUUUAGGGUUUUUGUGGAAAGUUCCAGAGUUUAUGUUAUCUAAGUUAAAGCCUAAGAAGGAGUCAAAGAGAGCUAUGGAGUUGAGGAAAAUGAGAGAGGAGAUUAAGAGGCAAAGAAAUGAGGAAUUGGCAAGAAUGAGAGAGGAACGGGAAAUGAUUGAAAAGGCAAUAAAAAUUCAAAAGAAAGAGGAGCAGAGAAGGAUAAAGAGGGAGAUUAGGAAAAAGAAGUAUGAGGCAUCAUUGCGUGAUGCACAGAGGAAUUACACAAGGAUGGCCAAUAUGUGGGCUGAUUUGGCACAGGACUCAAAUGUGGCCACAUUGUUAGGGUUGGUGUUUUUUGUGAUAUUUUACCGGACUGUGGUGCUUAGUUAUCGAAAGCAGAAGAAGGACUAUGAAGAUAGGCUGAAGAUUGAGAAGGCAGAGGCAGAGGAAAGGAGGAAAAUGAAGGAGUUGGAGAGGGAGAUGAUGGGAAUUGAGGAAGAGGAGGAGGUUGAGGGUGAGGGUGAGCAAGGGAAAAGGGAGCAGAAUGCCUACAUGAAAAUGGCUAUGCAGUUCAUGAAGUCAGGUGCAAGAGUUAGGCGUGCGCAUAAUAGGAGAUUGCCUCAGUAUUUGGAGAGGGGUGUGGAUGUAAAGUUUUCGGAUGUUGCGGGGCUUGGGAAAAUACGACUUGAACUUGAGGAGAUUGUGAAGUUUUUCACACAUGGGGAGAUGUAUCGGAGGAGAGGAGUGAGGAUACCAGGUGGCAUUCUUCUUUGUGGACCUCCUGGAGUGGGGAAAACUUUACUGGCAAAAGCUGUAGCUGGUGAGGCGGGUGUGAACUUCUUCUCCAUUUCUGCAUCUCAGUUUGUGGAAAUAUAUGUAGGGGUUGGUGCUUCUCGUGUCAGAUCUCUUUACCAAGAAGCAAAGGAAAAUGCUCCAUCUGUUGUCUUUAUUGAUGAACUGGAUGCUGUUGGAAGGGAGCGUGGGUUGAUAAAAGGUUCUGGUGGGCAAGAACGUGAUGCUACUCUUAAUCAGCUUCUUGUAUGCUUGGAUGGAUUUGAAGGAAGAGGGGAAGUGAUAACUAUUGCUUCCACCAAUAGACCCGAUAUUCUAGACCCGGCACUAGUGAGACCUGGACGCUUUGAUAGAAAAAUUUUUAUACCCAAACCUGGCCUUAUAGGCCGCAUGGAAAUUCUGAAGGUUCAUGCUCGUAAAAAGCCUAUGGCUGAUGAUGUGGACUACAUGGCUGUUGCUAGUAUAACAGAUGGAAUGGUUGGUGCUGAGCUGGCCAACAUAAUUGAGGUUGCUGCAAUUAAUAUGAUGCGUGAUGGAAGGACUGAGAUUACAACUGAUGACUUACUACAAGCUGCUCAAAUAGAAGAGAGAGGAAUGCUAGAUAGGAAGGAAAGAAGCCCUGAAACAUGGAAGCAAGUAGCUAUUAAUGAAGCAGCCAUGGCUGUUGUAGCUGUGAACUUUCCUGAUCUUAAAAAUAUUGAGUUUGUCACUAUUGCUCCUAGAGCUGGCAGGGAACUUGGUUAUGUUAGAAUGAAAAUGGAUCAUGUCAAAUUUAAGGAGGGAAUGCUUAGUCGGCAAUCUCUCCUGGAUCAUAUCACUGUUCAACUGGCACCUCGUGCAGCCGAUGAGCUUUGGUAUGGUGAGGGUCAGUUGAGUACGAUAUGGGCAGAAACAGCAGACAAUGCUAGGUCAGCAGCACGAACUUAUGUUCUUGGUGGGCUUUCUGAGAAACAUUAUGGCCUGUUUGACUUCUGGGUUGCAGAUCGAAUCAAUGAAAUUGAUUUAGAGGCACUUCAGAUUGUAAACUUGUGUUAUGAGCGUGCUAAAGAGAUUCUGCAGCAGAACCGAAAGCUGAUGGAUGCUGUUGUUGAUCAACUAGUUCAGAAGAAAAGUUUGUCCAAACAAGAAUUUUUUAACCUGGUUGAGUUGCAUGGUUCUAUCAAACCUGUGCCACCAAGUAUAUUUGAUAUCAGGGAUGCCAAACGUGCACAGUUUCAAGAAAUAAUGAUGAAUCGGAAGGAAACCACUGUGAGCAAUUUAUAAGAGAGAUGCCAAGAGACCCCUUUGGAUUUGCAAUGGGGGGGGAUUUUGGGAAGUAGAUUUUACCUUGGGUGGCGGUGCAAAUUGCAGAUUAGGGCUGUAUCUCUGCAAAAUCAACUUUGGAUGACAAAUGUAAAUGUACCAGGGUCAUCAAUUACUGGUAAACUGGUGUAAUGGGCGUGCCGAGAGAUCGGAAUUGCAUAAGGGAUUUUUGAAAUGCUCUGACCUUAGAUGGGGUAUUUUGACGACUCCAAGAACCAUUUCAGCUUGGCUCUAAUCCAAUCAUAAAGUACAAGAUUUUAUGUUCUUGAACUAUUAUUACAGUGAAAAAUAAAAAGAACAGUCAAAUAUUUUUUCA